AUGAAGAUUUCUGCAAUUUUUACAGUGGCUCUUAGCAUAGCCCUUCUUUCAAAUGCUACUCCAUUCGAAAAACGUCGGUUUGGCCAAGAACACUCUGCCUUCGUUGAACCACUCUACCAAAAAAUGCGCGACAGUGCUCAAGGUACUAAUUUUGCCGGACAAGUUGGACAGUUGUCCGGCGAAGCCGUGAAUGCUCUUCUUGCCGCUAAGCCUGCUUGCAGACAACAGCAAGUGGCAGAUCACUUGGUAUUCUUUGCGAAAAAAAUGGGUGCUGAUAAAACGAUUGCGGAUGGAAAGCGAAGGCAAAAAAAUUUAAUUGAUAUCGCAAAAAAAUAUCGAACUGCUGAGAGAAAUACCAACCAGGAUGGAAAACCAAGCUUCUUGUGUGGCAGAAAACCAUUCUUCAAGGAACUAAAUGGAAUUGUACAACGCCAAGAUCCCGCUGCGACAACAAAACCGGAUACGCCUAAAGAUGCUUUUAAUCUGGAUGCAGACUUUGAUCCACUUGGCGUUUUAUCCCAAAUCAAGGCUGCAUCAAACAACGGUGGCGCAAGUGAUCCAAAAGAUAAGCCAAAAGAUCCAAAAAAGAAGCCAAAAGAUCCAAAAAAGAAACCAAAAGACCCAAAAGAUAAGCCAAAGGAACCAAAAAAGAAUCCAAAAGGCAAGACUGGAAACCCAGCAGCUGACAACCCUCUCGGUGGUAGUGAUUUUCAAAUGCCAUUUAUUAAGAAGAAUGCUGACGGAACUUUCAGUAUUGAUGGUGUUGUAAGACCAUUCAAAACAGAAGCUGAAGCGCACAAAUCUCAAUGUAGUAUGCAGCACAAUGCAUGUGGUUGGCUUAUUACAGUGGACGAUAAAGUUACUCUUAGCGAUUGUGAUAAACAAGAAAAAGCUUGUAUAGCUGGUCCCACUGUAUUUGCGUAA